AGCAUGAAUCUUUCCUUUAUUUUAGCACUGUGUGUUAUGUGCUAGUAAUUUGCAGGGUUUUUUGUUUGUUUGUUUGUUUCUGGCUAGGUAUGCUGGGAAAUAGCAUAGUACUUUGUCUAUGUGUUUAUCUUCAAAGUGUCCCAAAUAGCCCUGGGAAAAAGGUUGUGCAGCUCAAUGGGGGCUUUCAACUUACGAUUUUCUUUGUUUUAGGCUCCAUAAAAAUACAGAAUCACCAGUUCCUGCUUUGAUGUGACAUGUGACUCCCCAGAAUACACCUUGCUUCUGUAGACCAGCUCCAACAGGAUUCCAUGGUAGCUGGGAUGUUAGGGCUCAGACUGUCUGGAAGAGUCCAGAUCUGUUGUACGGAAUGCCCUGCUCUUUGGACUCUUUACCCUGUUGCUGCAUGGGAAGAGAAGUCAGAAGACCAGGACCUCCAAGGCCUCAAGGACAAACCUCUGAAGUUUAAAAAGGUGAAGAAAGAUAAGAAAGAAGACAAAGAGGGCAAGCAUGAGCCUCUGCAGCCAUCUGCUCACCAUUCUGCUGAGCCAGCAGAGGCAGGCAAAGCAGAGAUGUCAGAAGGAUCGGGCUCCGCCCCGGCAGUGCCAGAAGCUUCUGCCUCCCCCAAACAGCGGCGCUCCAUCAUUCGUGAUCGGGGACCCAUGUAUGACGAUCCUACCCUGCCUGAAGGCUGGACACGAAAACUUAAGCAGAGGAAAUCUGGCCGCUCUGCUGGGAAGUAUGAUGUGUAUUUGAUCAAUCCCCAGGGAAAAGCCUUCCGCUCUAAAGUGGAGUUGAUAGCAUACUUCGAAAAGGUAGGCGACACCUCCCUGGACCCUAAUGAUUUUGACUUCACGGUAACUGGGAGAGGGAGCCCCUCCCGGCGAGAGCAAAAACCACCUAAGAAGCCCAAAUCUCCCAAAGCUCCAGGAACUGGCAGAGGUCGGGGACGCCCCAAAGGGAGCGGCACCACGAGACCCAAAGCAGCAGCAGCAGAGGGCGUGCAGGUGAAAAGGGUCUUGGAGAAAAGCCCUGGGAAGCUCCUUGUCAAGAUGCCUUUUCAAGCUUCUCCAGGGGGCAAAGCUGAGGGGGGCGGGGCCACCACUUCUGCCCAGGUCAUGGUGAUCAAACGACCAGGCAGGAAGCGAAAAGCCGAGGCCGACCCUCAGGCCAUUCCUAAGAAACGGGGCCGGAAACCAGGGAGCGUGGUAGCGGCUGCAGCUGCUGAGGUGCCGCGGCCACAGAAAAGUACAAACACCGAGGGGAGGGAGAGCGCAAAGACAUUGUUUCAUCCUCCAUGCCAAGGCCAAACAGAGAGGAGCCUGUGGACAGCCGGACGCCCGUGACCGAGAGAGUUAGCUGACUUUACACAGAGUGGAUUGCAAAGCAAACCAACAAGAAUAAAGGCAGCUGUUGUCUCUUCUCCUUAUGGGUAGGGCUCUGACAAAGCUUCCCGAUUAACUGAAAUAAAAAAUAUUUUUUUUUCUUUCAGUAAA